AUCAAUAAAUAAGAAGAGAGAUUAAAGAACAUAUAAAUCUGAUUCAUCGUCAAAGCAGCAGUGUCGUCUUCACUCUUGAGAUUCAUAGGUUGUUGAUUGAGAAGAUUGAAGAAUGAGUUCGUCAAAGACAGUGAGGAAGUUGGAGGUUGUGUCCCCUGUUCCUGCGGACAUAGACAUUGCUAACUCAGUUGAACCUCUUCACAUCUCUGAGAUUGCCAAGGAUCUCAAUCUCACUCCCAAUCACUAUGAUCUUUACGGUAAAUAUAAGGCUAAGGUAGUGACAUGCCUUCGGCAACCGUCACAAGGACCUACUUUUGGAAUCAAAGGAGGUGCAGCUGGUGGUGGUUACAGUCAAGUGAUUCCGAUGGAUGAGUUUAAUCUUCACCUAACUGGAGACAUUCAUGCAAUAACUGCAGCAAACAAUCUCCUAGCUGCUGCAAUCGAUACCAGGAUUUUCCAUGAGUCUACACAGUCAGAUAAGGCUCUCUUUAACCGAUUAUGCCCUCCGAACAAAGAAGGUAAAAGGAGCUUUAGUGAUGUCAUGUUUAGGCGUCUCAAGAAACUUGGCAUCUCAAAGACAAACCCAGAUGAUCUCACGCCAGAAGAAGUAAAUAAAUUUGCUAGGCUUGAUAUUGACCCGGAAUCUAUCACAUGGAGAAGAGUAAUGGACAUUAAUGACCGGUUCCUAAGAAAAAUUACCAUUGGCCAGGGACCUGAAGAGAAAGGAAUGGUAAGAGAAACAGGAUUUGAUAUUUCAGUUGCUAGUGAGAUUAUGGCUGUUUUGGCACUAACAACAUCAUUAUCUGAUAUGAGAGAAAGGCUUGGAAAGAUGGUUGUUGGUAUUAGCAAGAGGGGUGAUCCUGUAACUGCUGAUGAUCUUGGUCUUGGAGGUGCUUUAACCGUUCUAAUGAAGGAUGCAAUUCACCCUACACUCAUGCAGACUCUGGAAGGAACACCUGUUCUUGUUCACGCGGGACCAUUUGCAAACAUUGCUCACGGGAACUCUUCCAUUGUUGCUGAUAAGAUUGCAUUGAAGUUGGUAGGGCCAGGUGGAUUUGUAGUUACUGAAGCUGGUUUUGGUGCUGACAUUGGAACAGAAAAGUUCAUGAACAUUAAGUGCAGAUAUAGUGGCUUGACACCUCAGUGUGCCAUAGUCGUGGCAACAAUAAGGGCUCUGAAAAUGCAUGGUGGAGGGCCAGCUGUUGUUGCUGGAAAGCCUCUGGACCAUGCAUAUUUGUCUGAAAAUGUUGAUCUGGUGGAAGCUGGUUGUGUGAAUAUGGCAAGGCAUAUAUCAAACACAAAAGCUUAUGGUGUUAAUGUCGUGGUUGCUAUCAACAAGUUCUCAACUGAUACGGAAGCUGAAUUAAACGCAGUUAAAAACGCAGCUUUAGCUGCUGGUGCCUUUGAUGCUGUAAUUUGUACCCAUCAUGCCCAUGGUGGCAAAGGAGCAGUUGACCUGGCUAUUGCGGUUCAAAAAGCUUGCGAGAAUGUGUCACAACCACUGAAGUUCCUGUAUCCUCUGGAACACGGCAUAAAAGAGAAAAUCGAAGCAAUAGCAAAGUCCUACGGAGCCAGUGGCGUCGAGUACUCAGAACAGGCUGAGAAACAGAUUGAGAUGUAUAGCAAGCAAGGAUUUUCGCAGCUACCAAUAUGCAUGGCUAAGACUCAGUAUUCAUUCUCAGACAAUGCUGCAGCAAAGGGAGCUCCAAGUGGCUUCAUCUUACCCAUAAGGGAUGUUAGAGCCAGCAUUGGAGCUGGUUUCAUUUAUCCAUUGGUUGGAACAAUGAGCACCAUGCCAGGGCUUCCAACUAGACCAUGCUUCUAUGACAUUGAUCUUGAUACCGCAACUGGAAAAGUCAUUGGUCUCUCUUGAAAUCAAUGAUUAAACCUUAAGUGGCACAUGGAUGCUAUUGAUGACAUUUUCCUUUUUCAAUUUCGUUGAUGUUAUGUUGUAUCUUCUGGUUCAUAUGUAUGAAUAUGAAUAAUGACAUAAAGCAUUUAAGUUGAAUUAAGGUUCCACCCUAAUAAUUUAUAA